GGCAGGUCUGGCCAAGCCCAAUUUCGCCCUGACUGGGUUCUGAAAACAAUACCAGAAACUAGGCGCUGCUGCACAGGCGGCCCCAGGCAUGGGUGGGCUGCCUUUGCAAAUAUGGGGCAACUCACGUUUCAGAGAUCAAAAUGGGCGCCUGCGUCCGAGUUCUUUGUCGUUGUCCUCUGCAUCAUUCUUCUGUUGUCGUCGCUCCUGCUGCUACUGUUAUCGAGGUCCACGUCGACAUCAUGCUGGGCGCAAUUGUUGCGCUCGGCCUCGCUGCCGUUCAUGCAUCUGAAGCGGCCCUCAUCCGCGACACUAUUUUAGAGUGGUUCUGGCUUGCUUCGGUGGCUGAUAAUAACUACCUAUAUAUCACGGGAGGCGAAUUUUACGAGCCGGCCGACGAUGUGGUGACGAUGUACUACCAAGGCAAUACACUUGUGGUCGAUCUCACACAGUCUUGGACGAACCAAACAGUUACUGCUGUUACUUCAGCCACUGAUCCGGAUGGAUUAAUCUAUGUUCGACAACCGAUGCUUUUCUAUGACAAGACGCGGAACAAAAUAAGCCGAUAUGGUGGAUGGCCGUACGAAGAAGCAGAUUUUCCGUCCUUGCUGUGGUCCUUCACCGCAGGAACAUCCGAUGUUACGUGGAAGAAUGAGACGGCGCCGUCCACGGACGGACUUUCAACGAGUUCGCCAGGCCCGUUCGCCUCAGCAAAUGCCUUCACCAAUUCCACUUAUUACAACUUCGGUGGGAAUGUUGUCAGCUCGCUUCCCGACAUGACUGUCCUGUCUGGUCUGGUCACGCGAGACUUUGUGGCUCAGUCUUGGACGAAUUCCACGGCGAUCAUCCCGAACCAGAGCAGAUAUCGGACGCAGGCCCGCAUGGUAUACACACCAAAUUUCGGGAGCCAAGGGUUUCUUGUGAUGGUCGGUGGAGAGGCCCCUCCGACGGAAGCAUCUGUCUACGAGACUGGGGCACAUAUGGUUGAUAUGUCAACAAUCACUCUUUAUGAUAUUGAAACAGGAAACUGGUUCACACAAACAGCAACUGGCGACAUCCCCCCUCCAAGGUCGGAAUUCUGCGCCGUUGGAGCAGCAUCUAGGGGCGGCAAAAGAUUCGAAUUGUUCGUUUACGGUGGUUCAACCAAUUCUACAUUUGAUCUGAACCACUCUUCCGACGAGGGCUAUCUUAAUGUCUACGCGCUCUCUCUGCCUGCUUUUCGGUGGUUCAAGUCGAACUCUACAACCCCGGUCCGCCGAGCUUGCCAUGCCUGCUCCGUCAUCGGCAACCGACAGAUGGUGUCGAUAGGUGGCAGGCUGCCUAGUUCCUUGCAAGCACUGGGUGCCGAACAAGAUCCUUGGGCAAGCGGCCUGGGAGUCUUCGAUAUGACGGACUUUGAAUGGGUGGAUCAUUACGAUGCAGCUGCAGCUGCCUAUGAAACGCCCGACGUGGUCAAACAGUAUUACUCUGACAGCUACCAAGAGCCAACUUGGAGUGAUGCAACAUUGGCCACGAUUUUUGCAUUUACACCACCCGCAAACUCGUCUUCCAAUUCUACUUCCUCAGGCGAUUCAGGCAGUUCCUCAGACAGUUCCUCAGGCACUUCGGGUAGUCAAUCAUCCUCAUCAUUCACUUCCGCGAAGAAGGGUAAUGCAGGCGCGAUAGCCGGCGGUGUUGUUGGGGGCGUCGCACUACUCGCAGCAAUCCUCGGGCUGUGGUACUGGGUGGCAAUACGACGAAGACGACAGGCCCGGGCUGAAUUCGCUGCCACAACGGACAGCAAAAUCGACUACAAACCACCUCUCGAAGCGGCCUCAACACCAAUGUUUGAAGUGGACGAUAACUCCCGGUCGGAACUACACGGAUUGUCGCCCAAGCCCCAGAUUAUCGCGGAGUUGCCUGUCAACGAGGAACCGCAGAGAAAUGUCGGUCCUGGUGCGGCAAGGAGAUGACAAUGUAAAACGUGACGAUCAUUAGAACAACCCCAGCGCCGGCGUUUCGGAGGGUGAGGGCUUUUGUAAAGAAAAAUGUGUAUAGAAUUGUGCAAAUUUUGGAAACGCAUCACGCCCAAAACAGCCCGGAUUCGGUUUUUGAAGAUCCGCGAGGCAUUUCCCCCUU